AUGCUUUACACGGCCGUAGCGGCGCUGGCCAUUGCCACAACGCCCUUUGUAAGGGCAGAGAGUGCAGUCACUCCUCCAGCAGGCUCUCCUUGGGCCACUGCCUACACCAAAGCCCAGACCGCAUUGGCAAAGCUCUCGCUCCAGGAUAAAGUCGGUAUCGUGACUGGCGUUGGCUGGAACAAGGGACCUUGCGUUGGAAAUACAUCCCCGGUGUCAAGUAUUAGCUAUCCGGAGUUGUGUCUUCAGGACUCACCACUGGGUAUCCGAUUCUCAACGGGCAAUACAGCUUUCACGCCGGGCGUCCAGGCCGCCUCAACAUGGGAUCUAAACUUAAUCAGCCAACGUGGCCAAUUCAUCGGCCAGGAGAACAAAGCCGCAGGCGUCCACGUUACUUUGGGACCAGUGGCUGGACCGCUAGGAAAGACGCCACAGGGCGGGCGUAACUGGGAGGGCUUCAGUCCUGAUCCAUAUCUCACUGGACUGGCAAUGGCUGCAACCAUUACGGGCAUCCAAGGUGCAGGAGUGCAAGCAACAGCCAAGCACUACAUCCUCAAUGAGCAGGAGCUCAACCGUGAUAGCAUGUCCAGCAACGCUGACGACCGCACGCUCCACGAGCUGUAUGCCUGGCCCUUUGCCGAUGCUGUAAACGCCAAUGUGGCUGCCGUUAUGUGCUCGUACAACCGAGUCAACAGCACUUAUGCGUGUGAAGAUACGUAUACGCUGCAGACGCUGCUGAAGAACCAGCUGGGGUUCCCCGGAUACGUCAUGACGGAUUGGAACGCACAGCACUCGACCGUGCAAAGUGCACUGGCUGGUCUCGAUAUGUCCAUGCCCGGCACCGACUUCAACGGCGGCAGCAUCUACUGGGGGUCGGCCUUGACCAAUGCUGUCAACAGCAACCAGGUCCCCCUGAGCAGACUCAACGACAUGGUGACGCGCAUCCUUGCUGCGUGGUACUUGACGGGCCAAGACUCUGGCUAUCCUUCAGUUAGCUUUAGCAGAAAUGUCCAGGGGAGCCACAACACCAACGUACGGGCCAUUGCCAGAGACGGCAUCGUGCUUCUCAAGAACGACGGCAACAUUCUGCCGCUGAAGACGCCUUCGAGCAUCGCCCUCAUUGGAUCAGCCACCAUUGUCGGUGCUCACGCCAACAACUCUGCCUCAUGCUCUGACCAUGGCUGUGAUCUUGGUGCUUUGGGAAUGGGCUGGGGAUCUGGCACCGCCAACUACCCAUACUUUGUGGCGCCGUACGAUGCCAUCAACACGAAAGCCUCUUCGAUUGGCGCCAAACUCACUCUGAGUAGCACCGAUAGCACCUCUGCUGGCGCAUCUGCGGCAAGCGGCAAAGACGUUGCCAUUGUCGUCAUCACCGCAGACUCAGGCGAAGGCUACAUCACUGUUGAGGGCAACUCUGGGGAUCGUAACGAUCUCAACGCGUGGCACAACGGCACUGGCCUCGUCCAGGCCGUAGCAGCAGCCAACAGCAAUGUAAUCGUUGUUGUCCACACUGUGGGUGCCAUCAAUCUGGAGCAGAUUGUCGCUCUGCCUCAAGUAAAGGCCAUUGUCUGGGCGGGUCUCCCCUCGCAGGAGAACGGCAACGCGCUGGUCGAUAUUCUGUGGGGAGCCGUCAGCCCGUCUGGAAAGCUGGUAUAUACGAUUGCCAAGAGCCCAAGCGAUUACAACACGCGCAUUUCUUCGGGCGACGACAAUUACAGUGAGGGGCUGUUUACGGAUUACAAGCACUUUGACGACGCGGGCAUCACGCCGCGAUACGAAUUUGGCUUUGGACUGUCUUACACAAACUUCACCUACUCGGGCCUUUCCAUCACCUCCAACGCUAAAUCUGGACUGGCUACUGGAGCUGUGGUUCCUGGAGGCCCCAGUGACCUGUUCCAGGAUGUCGCCACCAUCACCGUGAGCAUCAAGAAUACCGGAGCAGUGACCGGCGCCGAGGUCGCCCAGCUCUAUCUCACCUACCCGUCCUCUGCCCCCAGAACCCCGGUGAGACAGCUUCGAGGCUUCGAUAAGCUCAGCUUGACGGCUGGUCAGAGCGGAACAGCGACGUUCAACAUUCGCAAGCGAGAUCUGAGCUAUUGGGACGUGUCGUCACAGCAGUGGCGGGUGCCGUCGGGGACUUUUGGCGUGAGCGUUGGAGCGAGCAGCAGAGAUAUUCGGCUGACGGGUAGCUUCACGGUCGCAUAA